AUCAUUCUAGGCCAACAUGUUGCGUCUGUGUUCAAGACGAGUUGGAAGCCUCGUCAAGCUAUGUGCAACAGUCCCUCUCCAAUCAGCUAAGGUCCCAAGUGUGCAAGUUUACGACAGUACCCGUCACCUCAGCUCAGUCAGUUCACCUGGAGCUGCUAACUCCCCAGAGUACCCCUGUUCUGAUCCUGACCUUCUCCCUGACAAUUGGAGCGAGGUGGAGGACUGGAGCAUGAUCUGGUAUGAUGGGAGGGAUACUGUUCAUGUUAGGGUUAAUGCUACUGAAGAGGAUACGGACUGGCGUGGCGUUGGGUUUUACUCUAGAGAGGCAUACUGGUUGGGUGCGCUACGCUGGAAUGAGAGAAUGAGAGGAGAGGAGCCCGCUGUCUGGUUACAUUGGGUUGGUAAGGACCCUGUUGAGAUCUGUAACAAGCUACCUCAUCCUGACGAGAAUGGUUGUUACACGUUCUCUAUUUCAUUCCACAAAAGGGAACUAGUUCUCCACUGUAAUGGUGAAUUUAUGGGGGUGCGUAAGAACAUGAUAUAUCAGUUUAAAAACGUUGGACGACUCUGGUUUGCUGAUUUGGAGCGUGUCAACGGUUCUUAUGUUAUUGAGGGUCCCCACACGGAUGAUAGUGGUUACACAACCUACCAAGACGUGCCGAUAUUCCAGAAAGUAUCUGACAUGUAUAGAGUCUUUAAACAGUGUCAAAAGGAUCAUGCCGAGGGAAACCUGCCCGAUCAUGGUUGGAGGAAUUCUUCAUAAAGGAAGUCGUUUGUAGAGAUCUUAAAUUAUGAAUUAAGCGUUUCAAUAAAUGGGAACUCGUAUAUUAGUACUGUUUAACUUAUUCUCUUGAAGACUGAGUUCGAAAUUGUAAGAGCCAUAAAGUUUUGAUCAUGGAUUGUUUUCCCUUUAAGCACAAUUUUUGUGAAUUCUCAUGUUACACCUAGAUUUUCUUAUUUAAGGAUGAGUCAUUACUAAUGACUACACUAACUAUAGAUAGUUUCCUACUUGAUACUCAUUUAAGAAUUAAAUUUAAAAGCACCUGUUUCUAAAGCAAGAGUCUGAAUUCAAAAAUAAGAAUCGUCAUAAAAAUUACAAAAUUAAUACAGCAAUCACAUUAGUUAAAGAGGCUAAAUAAUUAAUUUUCGAAAC